AUGGUACACGAAGAAGGGGACACAGAGAGGAGUGAACCAAUACAGGCGUCAGAGAGGAGUGAACCAAUACAGGCGCCAGAGAAGAGUGAACCAAUACAGGCGCCAGAGAGGAGUGAACCAAUACAGGCGCCAGAGAGGAGUGAACCAAUACAGGCGCCAGAGAAGAGUGAACCAAUACAGGCGCCAGAGAAGAGUGAACCAAUACAGGCGCCAGAGAGGAGUGAACCAAUACAGGCGCCAGAGAGGAGUGAACCAAUACAGGCGCCAGAGAAGAGUGAACCAAUACAGGCGCCAGAGAGGAGUGAACCAAUACAGGCGCCAGAGAGGAGUGAACCAAUACAGGCGCCAGAGAGGAGUGAACCAAUACAGGCGCCAGAGAAGAGUGAACCAAUACAGGCGCCAGAGAGGAGUGAACCAAUACAGGCGCCAGAGAGGAGUGAACCAAUACAGGCGCCAGAGAAGAGUGAACCAAUACAGGCGCCAGAGAAGAGUGAACCAAUACAGGCGCCAGAGAAGAGUGAACCAAUACAGGCGCCAGAGAGGAGUGAACCAAUACAGGCGCCAGAGAAGAGUGAACCAAUACAGGCGCCAGAGAGGAGUGAACCAAUACAGGCGCCAGAGAGGAGAGAACCAAUGCAGGCGCCAGAGAUGAGAGAACCAAUACAGGCGCCAGAGAGGAGAGAACCAAUACAGGCGCCAGAGAGGAGUGAACCAAUACAGGCGCCAGAGAGGAACACUACUCAUUAA